GUCGUGGAGCUGCAGAUGCUGGCCUCCCUCGCCGAGCGGGAUGGGGAUGAGGAGACCGCCAAGAAGUUCCAGUCCAAGAUCGACGCGCUCGCCGAGAAGGCGAAGCCAGCGCCCAAGCCUCUUCUUCAGGAUCAAGUUUCGGAGCUCCAUCGUGAGAUCACGAAGCUGGACAGCAAGAUGGAAGCGGAGCUGGCCAAGUACAAUCGGUGGGUGGAGGGCGAGCGCAAGCAGGAGACGUACUUGCACGACUUGUCGCAGAAGUCCAAGGCGCUCAUCGAGCAGCACCGCACGUUGGUGGCGAAGCUCCACAGGGAGGUGGCUCCCAUCGUCAUCGACGCUGACUCGGAGCCUGCGCCUGGGCCCGUGCUGUCGCUGCGAGACCUCGUGGCUGGCAAUGUUGCGGACAUCACCAUCGACGACGGCGGCCUUUUCAGCGAUUUCCGUGGCGAGCUCGAGCUGGAGCAGGCCGACAUCGACGAGGUCGAGAAGCGCCGCGCUAAGUUUAAGGGACACAUCGCCGCCGCCGCCAAGCAGCUCUUCCAGGACGCGGUUGCGAAGGCAGGGGCGGUCAAGAAGGAGCACGAGCUGUACCUCAAGCGCAUCGUUCGGUGCCAGGAGACGGCCAAGGGGCUGACGGCCUACUUGAUGGGCCUGCGGGCGGUGCAGCUGCGGCGCAGCCUGGCGGCGCGCCCGACGCAGCUGCCGCCGCGGGGCGUGUCGGGGACGAAGUCGCUGCCAUCGCCCAUCGUGUCCAGGCCCGGGCGGAGCGGGGAG